AUGGGGCCGCUGCCGCCGCGGUCGCCCCGGCGCAGGGGGCCCGGGUUGGGGGGAGCCCUCCUGGGGGCCGCCCUUCUUGGGGGAGUCCUGCUGGUGGCUCACGCCGACCCCGACCCUCACCGAGACGGGGCCGAGCCGUGCCGAGCCUGCCGCGGCCUCGCCGACAGCUUCAUCAGGGGCCUGGAGCGGACAGAGCAUGAGGGCUUCGGUGGGGGUAACACAGCCUGGGAGGAGGAGAAGCUGUCCAAGUACCAGCACAGUGAGACUCGUCUUCUGGAGGUACUAGAGGGAGUCUGUGCCCCCUCAGACUUUGCCUGCCACCAACUGCUGGAGCGGAGUGAGGAGCACGUGGAGCAAUGGUGGUUCCAUGAGCAGCAGCAGCACCCUGACUUUUUCCAAUGGCUGUGUGUGGACAGGCUGAUGCUUUGCUGCCCACCUGGCACCUACGGCCCGGACUGCCGGUCCUGUGCCGGUGGGCCCCGGCAGCCCUGCAGUGGCAACGGGCAAUGCGAUGGCGAUGGCACACGCCGCGGCACCGGCCUCUGCGUCUGCAGCCCGGGCUAUGGUGGCCCCUUUUGUGCUGAGUGCGGUGACGGCUACUAUGAGGCCUCACGGAACAAGAGCCACCUCGUGUGUGCUGAGUGCUACCAGGCAUGCGGGCGCUGCACGGGGCCUGAGGACUCCAGCUGCCUUCGCUGUAAGAGGGGCUGGGUGCUGCAUGAGCACCGCUGCAUCGACAUAGAUGAGUGUGGCACAGAGAUGGCCCAUUGCCGAGCCAACCAGUACUGCGUCAACACAGAGGGCUCCUAUGAAUGCCGAGACUGCUCCACGGCUUGCAUUGGCUGCAUGGGUGCCGGGCCAGCUCGCUGCAAGAAAUGCAACAAGGGCUACUGGCGGGACGGAGCCAAGUGCCUGGAUGUGGAUGAGUGUGCCAGUGCUGAGGAGCCAGUGUGCACAGGGGUGCAGGAGGUGUGUGAGAACACAGAGGGCAGCUACCGCUGCGUCUGUGCCCAAGGCCACAUCCGCCGAGACGGGCAGUGCGUUGAGGACAAGCCCCCUGAUGCCCCAGAGAAGGGCUUCUUUGAUGACGUGACUGAUGACGAGGUGGUGGUGCUGCAGCAGAUGUUCUUUGGUGUGAUGAUCUGUGCCCUUGCCACGCUGGCUGCCAAGGGUGACAUGGUCUUCACCGCCAUCUUCAUUGGUGCCGUGGCCGCCAUGGCCGGCUACUGGCUCUCUGACCGCAGUGAUCGUGUCCUCGAUGGCUUCAUGAAGGGCAGAUAGCUCUGGAGCUGCUGGGUGAAAGCUGAGGGACAGACUCAGCUUGGGGUGCAGGGCCUCCCCCAAGCAGGGCUGGCUGCCAAGGCUGCAUCCUGCACAUGAUGCUAUGCCCUGCAUGCAUCCUCCAGCCCCCCCUUAGUAUAGGGUCUUGUUUUCCCUGUCCCUGCAGAAUGAGCCAGGAGUACUUGAUCCUGGGGGCUCCCACACAGCCCCCUCUGGCUGGAGGGGUGAUGCCAGGCAGUGCAGCAUCGUGUGGAGGGCACAGCAUGCUGCCCCCAGCUCCUCGUGCUCUGGAGGAGAAGCCUGGCAUUGUGACAGGUGAGGGGAUGGAGGGGCAGGUGAGGGAGGGAACCUGCUAUCUGCUCUCAGGCUGGGGCUCCUGGCCCUCUAGAACUCCCCUCCUGUGAGGCCAUUCCCUGUGGGAGAGUGGGGG